UUCCACAUUAAACACCGAGCAUCUUUCAUGAUUCAUACACCCUAACCGAACCCCAUCUGUCAAUCUCCACCGUUCAUUUCCUCACCCUACCCAUUCUUCCAUUGACAGAAAUACUUGAUCUAACACACACAACAUUCCACCUUCAUUGAAUUCGAGGCAAAGGAAAACUACAAGCAAGAUUUUUUGCAUACAAAAAGCAAUUGCAUUUCAAUCAAUUAAACAAUUCAGAUCCUGUGGAGAGAAGUCUCCACUCUCAGUAAGUUGCACAUUCUACUAUCAUGAAAUCGCACAGAUCUCUUUUGUUUUCGGUUCGUAUUUUUAAAACCCUGAAAGGAAACAAAAUUCGUUUAUGGAAAAGAAGAAUGGGGACAAAGAAUAUUUGUCUUUUAGUGUUAUGUUUACUGUUUGUGAUAGCAUCAAUUGUGGAUGCUGAUACUUCACCUGUAACAGUGAAGAAGAUAAAGGGAAAGAAAGUAUGUGAUCAGGGUUGGGAAUGUAAAGGGUGGUCUGAAUAUUGUUGUAAUCUGACAAUAUCUCAAUAUUUUGAUUAUUAUCAAUUUGAGAAUGUUUUCUCAAAGAGGAAUAGCCCUGUGGCACAAGCUGCAGGUUUUUGGGAUUUCAAGUCUUUUAUUAUUGCUUCAGCUAUUUAUCAGCCUCUUGGAUUUGGUACCACUGGUAAUAAGACAACUCAGAUGAAGGAGAUUGCUGCUUUUCUUGCUCAUAUUGGAAGUCAAACUUCAUGUGGAUAUGGAGUGGCAACGGGUGGGCCCACAGCAUGGGGAUUAUGCUACAAUAGAGAAAUGAGCCCUAAUCAAGAUUAUUGUGAUGAGAGCUACAAAUACACUUACCCUUGUGCCCCUGGAGCCGACUAUUAUGGUCGUGGUGCUCUCCCCAUCUAUUGGAACUACAACUACGGAUACAUUGGUGACUGCCUACAUGUGGACCUUCUCCACCACCCUGAAUACAUCGAACAAAAUGCAACUUUAGCUUUCCAAGCUGCAAUGUUUCAAUGGUUGACUCCAUUAAAGAAAGGUCAACCAUCAGCCCAUGAUGCCAUGGUUGGGAACUGGAAGCCCACCAAGAACGACACUUUGUCCCACAGGACACCUGGAUUUGGGCUCACCAUGAACAUCCUUUAUGGUGAACGUGUAUGUGGAAAAGGUGACAUUGAUGACAUGAACACCAUUGUUACACAUUACUUGUAUUACCUUGAUUUAAUGGGUGUUGGGAGAGAGGAAGCUGGGGCCCACGAUGUCCUCACAUGUGCUGAACAGAAAGUCUUCAACCCAGCAGCUCCAAAAAAGGCGGCUUCUAGUUAAAGCUUUGGAUUCUUGAAAUAAUAAUAAAAAAAAUGGUGCCCUUUGAAUGAAUGAAUGUUGGUGUGAAAUGUUUAGGUUGGGGCUUAGUAGUUUGUGAAUGUGAAGCUGGGGAUUGAUGGAUGGAUUGAUUCUUCGGUUUAUAGAUUCAGAAUCGUUUUGUUUCCUAAAUGUUAUUAUUUAUUUUUGUGAAUUUUUGUUCUUUUUUUAAAUGAAUAUUACAGACAAGACUUAUAUAAAUUGGUUUUUGUGUUUGCUUUUUGUAUUAUAAAGAUUGUAAUAAGUUUGUAUGAACGUGUUUCAUGUUAAAUUGUUAAUUGUAAAAUUCUUAUUUGUCA